AUGCGGCGCGCACUCGCUCCCGCGCCGGCGCCGCUCGCUCCCGCCCCGGCGCCGCCACCCCCAGAGGGGGCGAUGCCCCACUGCGGCAGCGCGCGCGCCUCUGACUCGACUCCCGCCCACUCGUCGUCGUCGUCGUCGUCGCCGCCGCGCUCGCCGCCCCUCGCCGUCGCGGUCGUCCCCCUCGAGCACGGUCCGCUCGUCGCCGCGUGGCCGCCACCUCCGGGCGCAGCGGCGUGGCCGCCACCUCCGGGCGGUGCGGCGUGGCCGCCACCUCCGGGCGGUGCGGCGUGGCCGCCUUCGCCGCUCCCGUCGCCGCCCGAGCCGCCGCCUCCCGCGGCCGCGCGCACGAGCGCUGGAGGCGGCGGCGCUGCGGGCGGGGCGCGCGCCCUCUCGCGCGCCCUCCUCGCCGCUGCCCGCGGCGGGGCGAGCGGCGCGGCGCGGCUCGUCCAGUCGGGGCGCGGCCAGAUCUGGCUCGCCGCCCUCGCCGCCCUCGCCGCCCUCGCGAUUCAGGUGCGGCUCUACCGCGAGGAAGUCAACCCGGCCGUGGCCACGGUGACGGUCGGGACGAGCGGGCUAGCCCUCUCGCACAUCAAGUUCGGGCCGCGUCUCACGGCGCGCGCGCUCGCCGCCCUGUGCGUGCUCAUCGCCGCGGCCUUCACGCACGGCUCGCUCCGCCGCUCGGCGGAGCAGAUUGCUCACGAUCUCGACGCGAUCUCCGACGGGCCGUCCACGCUCCCGCCCCGCAUCCAGCUCCUCGCUGCCGUCGCUUUCCCACUCCUUUUGAUGAGCGGCGCGGCGGCGCGGCACGGCCGCUCGGGCGACACGCGCGAGCUGUGGCUUCCGUGGCUCUACGCCGCCCUCCCCUUCUCGUGCGCCUUCGCGGCCUUCCUCUGGUGCGGCCCGCCAGACAUGAGCCCGCCAGACAUGUCUACUCGCCCCUCGUCGCACCUCCCCUCCGCCGGCAAGGGCGGCCCCCCGCCGUCGCCGUUUGCUUGCGUGGUGCCCUCUUCCGCAGCCGGGCUAGCGGCACCGCCGGAGGCCGCCGCACCGGCGCGCGCGGCCCUCCUCAGUGCGUGCCGCGGGUCUUGGCGCGAGUACACGUCGAGGAUCCCCUCGCUGGAGCUCGACUUCCUCCCGAUGGACUCCACUAGCCCGCCCAAGAUGGCGGUCAAGCACAUCUCCCUCGGCUUGCCGUGA